AUGGAACGUCCGGAGUACGAAUACGAUAGAAUGCAAAAAAAUAUUCCAGCUAGAAUGGAUACGUCUAUUAAAUAUCAGUUAUUAAUAGUGGCUUGCAUCAACAUUGGUCAGAUCGUUGUUGGAUACAGCGUGGGCUGGUCGGCCCCAAUCAUCCCGAAGCUACAAGAUAAUUCUACGAGUCCCUUACCAGAGCCAAUCACAGAUCUUCAAGCGUCAUGGAUUGGGUCGUUGCUUUACAUAGGUGCCAUGAUCGGCCCUUAUGUCACUGGUAUUCUGUCAAACCUGAUCGGAAGAAAACCAUGCUUGAUGAUCGGCAGUUGCCUGAACAUCCUAUCUUAUGUACUUGUGAUCACGACGAAGAACAUCGCCAUGGUGAUGGCGUUAAGGGUCACAAGUGGUCUUGGUAUGGGUAUCACAACAGUGUGCAACCUGGUUUAUGUCGGUGAAAUUGCGUCCACUCAUAUAAGAGGCAUAUUGUUGACGUCAACUGGUAUUGUUGGCAUCACUGGUACAUUAAUAGUGUACUCUGUUGUACCAUUCGUAUCUUACGUGGCGACUGGAUACAUAGCUUUGGCAGUGAGCAUCGCUCAUUUCGCGGGUUUAUUUUUCGUGCCGGAAUCACCCGUAUACUACGCCAUGAAAGGCCAAGAAAUAAAAGCAGCAAAAACCCUUAACUUUUUGGGAAGAUCAAAGGAUGUGGACAAAAUUUUGGAGACUUUCUCCCAGAAGAAAGGUGAAUCACCGAGCAAAAUCAAGGACUGGAUUGAGAUUUUCACCGUCAAGUCAAAUAGAAUGUCUUUGUUCAUUACUUUCACAUUGGGAGCUCUUCAGCAAACCAGCGGUGUUGCUGUCGUGCUGUUCUUCGCUACAACAAUUUUCCAUUUGGCUGGAUCAUCGAUAAGGCCUGACAUUGCUACUAUAAUCAUUGGAGUUACGAGAUUAGUCUCGAGCUUAAUAGCCCCUACCUUCGUAGAGAGAUCCGGAAGAAAAAUACUUUUGCUAGCUUCGAUGACGGCUUGCGCUUUCAGUCUGGCAAUACUUGGCCUGUAUUUCUACUUGGAUCGAGUACAAAGCUCAGUCCUUGAGUCGAUCGGUUGGCUGCCCCUGGUCGCAUUAAUUAUAUAUUUCUUUUCAUAUGAAGCUGGUUUCGGCACGAUACCGAACGCAAUCGUCGGCGAAAUGUUCCGAGCGAACGUGCGCGCCAAUGGCUCCGCCCUCGCCAUCACCUUGACCUGGCUAGUGGGUUUCGGCCUUACCACGAGCUUCACCACGAUGGUGGACGUGCUGGGCGGUGACGUCACCUUCUGGAUAUUCGGCGGCACAUGCGUCGUCGCCUUCUUUUUCACGUAUUUCUUUGUGCCGGAAACGAAGGGGAAAACUCUGAACGAGAUACAGGAUAUGAUGAGU